AAGAGCGAAGAAGAGAAGAAAGAAGAGAGAAGAAGAAGACCGACCUUCUGGUUAAACAGUUAAACAGUAUUUGUAAAAAUUUGUGAAAGUACUAAAAUAAAGGAAUAAUAUGGCUUCUGGUGUAACUGUGUCCGAUGUCUGCAAGACUACAUACGAGGAAAUCAAAAAGGACAAAAAGCAUCGCUAUGUCAUUUUCUACAUCCGUGACGAGAAGCAGAUCGAUGUGGAAACUGUGGCAGAUCGCAACAGCGAAUACGACCAGUUUCUAGAAGAUAUCCAGAAAUGCGGUCCUGGCGAAUGCCGAUAUGGACUGUUCGACUUUGAGUACAUGCAUCAAUGCCAAGGCACCUCUGAGAGUUCAAAGAAGCAAAAGCUGUUCCUUAUGUCAUGGUGUCCCGAUACUGCUAAGGUUAAGAAGAAGAUGUUGUAUUCCAGCUCUUUCGAUGCUCUCAAGAAAUCGCUGGUGGGCGUACAAAAGUAUAUACAAGCCACUGAUCUGUCCGAAGCCUCCCGUGAAGCCGUCGAGGAGAAGCUUCGCGCCACUGACCGCCAAUAAACUGUAUGGGGAGAGCACUGUGCGUUGCAUUUAACGAACAAGCAAGGCAUGCAUAAAACAGCGAUCAAAACACACGUAUCCUGUUGAGAUCGCCAAUUUGUAAGAGAAUUUUCUACAUAAUUUGUAUUUUCAGUAGAAAUAAAGAAAAUGAAUGAAA